CUCUCCAAAAAUCACAACAAGAGGAUACGAGCAUUUGGGUCCAUUUCCUCUCUCUAGAAGAUCAUUUGGGUUCAUUUCUUCUCUCUCAGCCAUUUGAUGCGGAAAGAGGUUUCGAUAGAAAGAUUAAGUUGAUACGAAAAUCUCCAUCUUAUAUAUUACUUGUAUUUUGCUUUGGGUGUAUACAUCUCUUGUAUUUGGUAGAGAGGUCCACAGCUCGAACUACAACAGACCCAUUGGAAGUGGUCGCUCUAAACUCCAUCUUUUGGGAAUGGAAUGUGUCCGCAUUGCCUCCGUGGAACAUAAGUGGUGAUCCAUGCAGUGGGGUCGCUGUUGAUGAUUCGAAGAGCAUUGACGAUGAUGUGGACAUGAACCCGGCCAUCAAAUGCAAAUGCACGUUCGACAACGGGACCACCUGCCACAUAACAGCACUAAAAGUUUAUGCUUUGAAUGCAAGAGGCUCAAUCCCGUAUGCGCUUCGGUAUCUGUCGCAUCUCACCAAUCUGAAUUUGGGUCGAAAUUACUUAACCGGUGCCUUACCUUCAUUUAUUGGCGAUUUAACAUCCAUGCAAUACCUGAGCGUUGGUGUCAAUGCGUUGUCUGGAAGCAUCCCAAAUGAACUUGGAAACCUUCCAAAUCUUAUAUCAUUGAGCAUUAGCUCAAAUAGUUUCAAUGGGCCACUCCCUUCAAAGAUGGGGGAUUUGGUGACUCUGGAACAACUUUACAUAGACAGUUCCGGCGUCAGCGGUGUGAUUCCUUCAACAUUUGCCAAUCUAGUAAACUUGCAGACAGUGUGGGCCUCUGAUAAUGAGUUAAAUGGCUCGAUACCCAACUUCAUAGGGAGUUGGACUAAGCUUAAAUCUCUGAGGUUUCAAGGGAAUGCUUUUCAAGGUCUGAUACCAUCAAGUUUUUCUAAUUUAACAUCCCUAAUCGAUCUGCGAAUUAGCGACAUAAAGAAUGGGACCUCAUCGUUGGCAUUCAUUAAGAACAUGAAGAACUUAACCACCUUAAUCUUGAGAAAUAAUGGGAUUUCGGAUGCCAUUCCAUCUGACAUUGGAGAGUAUCAAUCACUACAGCACCUGGAUUUGAGCUUCAACAAUUUAACUGGUGAAAUUCCAAUUUCUCUCUUCAAUUUGACUUCACUUCGUUACUUGUUUCUUGGAAACAAUAGCUUGUCUGGUAGCCUUCCUUCCAGUAAAAGCUCAUCACUUGUCAGCAUCAGAGAUUUGUCAUACAAUCAAUUAUCAGGAAGUUUUCCCUCUUGGAUCACACAAGGCUUACAACUGAAUUUGGUUGCCAACAACUUCGUCAUUGAUAGUUCCAAUAACAGUGCUUUGCCUUCAGGAUUGAAUUGUCUUCAGCGGAACUUUCCGUGCAAUCGGGAUUCUCCAAUCUAUUCUUCAUUUGCAAUCAAGUGCGGCGGCAGAGGGAUGACAUCUUCCGACGGAACAGUCUAUGAAAAUGAUAAUGAAGCUCUUGGCACAGCAACAUAUUACGUGACUGAUGAGACCAGGUGGGCCAUCAGCAACGCCGGGUUGUUUGCCGAGAACAAUAAUGCCUCAUAUAUCAGAAGCUCUUCUUCUCAGUUUCUGAAUACUUUGGACCCGGAGCUCUUCCUAACAGCAAGGAUAUCGCCAGUAUCGUUAAGAUACUAUGGUCUUGGGCUUGAGAACGGCAAAUACACCAUAGCUCUGCAAUUCGCUGAGAUAGCCAUCGAAAAUACUUGGCAGGGUGUUGGAAGGCGUGUAUUCGAUAUUUAUGUCCAGGGAAAUCUUCAAUUGAAAGAUUUUGAUAUAAAAAAAGCAGCAGGUGGGGUCUCUAGGAGAGCCGUUCAGAGGACUUUCCAGGCUAUUGUAACCGAAAAUUUCCUUGAAAUCCAUCUCUUUUGGGCUGGGAAAGGGACUUGCUGUAUACCUAAUCAAGGUACUUUUGGUCCAUCCAUUUCAGCCAUCAGUGUCACUCCAGAUUUCAUACCGACUGUUACUAUUAGAAGUCCGCCAGGUUGGGGAAAGAAAAGCAAGACUGGUUUGAUCAUUGGGAUUGUAGUUGGUGUUGCCGCUCUGAGCUUUAUAUCCAUUUUUGCAGUUUUUAUCUGGAGACGCAGGAGAAGGGGUAUUGAUGAAGAUGAAGAGUGUCUAAUCAUGGCUGCCAAAGCAAAUAGUUUCAGUUAUUCUGAACUAAGGGCUGCAACAGAGGACUUCAGUCCAGCAAAUAAGUUGGGAGAGGGAGGAUUUGGGCCCGUUUAUAAGGGAACACUCUCAGAUGGACAGGUAAUAGCAGUGAAACAACUCUCGGUAGCAUCUCAUCAAGGAAAGAAUCAGUUCAUAACAGAGAUUGCUACCAUAUCUGCAGUGCAGCACCGGAAUCUCGUGAGUUUGUAUGGAUGCUGCAUCGAGGGAGAUAAGCGGCUUCUGGUUUACGAGUAUCUUGAAAACAAGAGCCUUGAUCAGGCACUCUUCGGAAAGAGCAACUUGAAUCUAAACUGGGCCACCCGCUAUGAGAUAUGCUUGGGUACAGCCAGAGGUCUUGCUUAUCUGCACGAAGAAUCGAGGCUCCGGAUUGUACAUAGAGAUGUCAAGGCCAGUAAUAUUCUACUUGACUCUGACCUUGUCCCCAAGAUUUCAGAUUUUGGUUUGGCCAAGCUAUACGAUGAUAAGAAGACCCACAUUAGCACACGGGUCGCAGGGACAAUUGGGUAUCUUGCACCAGAGUAUGCCAUGCGUGGGCAUCUGACAGAAAAGGCUGAUGUGUUCGGAUUUGGGGUUCUCGCACUUGAGAUUCUUAGCGGAAGGCCCAAUGCAGAUACAAGCUUGGAUCAAGAUAAGAUAUAUCUUCUUGAAUGGGCUUGGAAUCUACAUGAAGCUAACUGUCCAUUUGAAUUGAUCGAUCCAACACUGCCCGAAUUCAACGAAGGAGAAGCACUACGAAUGAUUGGUGUAGCUCUUAUGUGCACUCAAACAUCACCAAUGCUAAGGCCAUCCAUGUCCCAUGUGGUAGCCAUGCUAUCAGGCCACAUCGAAGUAAGCAGUGUCAUAUCGCGGCCUGGCUACUUAACAGAGUGGCAAUUCAAUGACUUAAACAGCUUUAGGACUGAUGAUAUGUUGAGAGAGUCCAUUGGAAGAACCAUGAACAGUCAAUGUGGCACAUCAUCUAAUUCGAACACGUCCAUUCAUGUGGAAGUCUCGCCUCUUCCCACACAGCUGAUGUUGCAAGAGAUCGUUGGAGAAGGAGAGUUGUGAUCGACUUCUAAGCUGUCCAUGAAUGCACAAAUACAUAUGAACAUGGGUACAUAUGUAGAUAAAUACAUACUGUGAUGGAUGCAUGUAUGUAUACCAUAUAAAUGGAUUUCAUGUAGAAAUCUCAAUCGUUUGUAUUUGGGAUGUUAUUGGAGAGUUAUUUGAAACUCCUGCUGUAUGUGACACUUGAUACACAGGCGCUCAGAAAUUGUAUAAGUGGUGCAAAUGAAGUCAAAUUAAACUGACUAGAUUGUGGAAGUCUACGUCGUUGAGUCGAAAUCCCAAUAUUAGAUUUGAUAUACAAUCGAAACCUCUCAUUUGUGGACACUUGUUUGUUGAAAUAGGACCAUGAACAAUCCAAACCUCUCAAUUAAGUGCAAUUUUUAGGUCAUGUGUUAGAUGUGUACCCUCAAAAAGUCAAUCAUUCAUGUAUUGUUUUACUUAUGAUCAUUUUGUUAAAUGGAAUAUUCUUUGGCUCUU